UGUGCAUGCGCGGUGCCGUUAUCGCGGGUGCUGCGGAAGAGGCAAUGGCGGAGCUUGAGCCCUCAAAGAAGAUUCCUUUGGUACCAGAAAACAUCCUAAAGAAAAGAAAGGUCUAUCAGGCAAUCAAGGCCACCCAGGCAAAACAAGCUCUACUAGACAAGAGAAAGCAUCGGAGUGGAAAACAGAUCAGAUUCAAACGCCUUGAAGUUUUUUUGAGAGACUCUCAGCGGAAACACAGAGAUGAUGUCCGUCUGCGGCGCAUGGAACAGAAACCUGGGCAGCUGAUAAUGCCUGAUAGUCACAAGCUGGCAUUUGCUGUACGAAUUGCAGUAAUUAAAGGAAUAAGUAAUCGAGUGCGACAUGUGAUACAGAGGCUGAGAUUAAGGAAGAUUUACAGUGGCACAUUUGUUAAAUUGUCACCAGCUUCACUAAAAAUGCUGCAAAUAGUGGAGCCUUAUGUGGCGUGGGGGUAUCCCAAUCUUAAAUCUGUUCGAGAGUUGAUACUGAAACGAGGCCAUGCAAAGAUCCAAAAUAAAAAGGUUGCUUUGACAGAUAAUGUUCUGAUAGAGGAACAUCUGGGAAAUUAUGGCAUUAUUUGUCUGGAAGAUGUUAUUCAUGAAAUUUAUUCGGCUGGAAAGUAUUUCAACGAAAUCAAUAAAUUUUUGUGGCCAUUCCAUCUGUCUGUAGCUCGGCAUGCAGCCCGUAAUAAAUUGGGGUUCCAGAAAGAGAUUGGUAAUCCUGGAUUUCGAGGCAAUGAGAUUAAUCAGCUCAUACGGCAUUUGAACUAGAUCUGGAAAAGUGUUUUCAGAGGAAGAACUUAUUUGUACUCCAUGAUGUACUUUCAUUUUCCAGCAGCUUCUGAGAUAAUAUGGCCUAGUACUUCCAUAAUUAGAGGAGGAAAACAAAGGUAAUGCAGAAACUAGGCUUCAAAUGAAUUGAUGACUUAAAAGCAGCAAAGUUUUGAACAUUGAUUCUGUGCAUUGAACAUGGGAAAACAGAAGAAUUUGUAAAAUCUCAGACAUGUGAAGCAACUAUUAUCCUUGACCUACAAAUUAGUAUGUAUUUGCAAAGGACAAUGGAAGAAAAAAUUAAACCAUAGUUCUGCUACUUGCUUGGAGCUGAACUAUGUACCUUUAGUAAUAAAGGAAAUAUUGUUCCUGUAAUAUAUAGUCUUGCAGUCCAAGAAGCACACUACUGUAUUAACAUAUAUUAAGGCAUAACAAAUCAAAUAUAACUAAACAUGGUGAAAUGUUUUGGCUUGUGUAGUAUUUGAUCAGACUUCUUGAUGGCUAGUCCACUUUUCUAAAAUAGUUUUAAUCUAGUUCUUGAAUUGU